AUGGAACAUUAUGCCAAUAGGUUAAAAGAACUUAGCAAAGAUUGCGGUUAUGAUGACACUAUAUUAGAACGACAGUUACGAGAUCGCUUCGCUACAGGGCUAAAUCAUCAACAAUUACAAAUUGAACUAAGACAAAAAUGGCCUGAUCUUAUAGAUACUCAAAACGGAAUAAAAACAGAAGUAACAUUUUUACAGUUAUUUGCUAUUGCUCAGUCUAGGGAACUAGCUGAAGCAGAUAUUAAUACAGAGUGUAACAUUAACAGAAUAUCUAACAAAACUGGAAACAGAAAAGAAGAAAACAUACGGAAACCAACACGCAAAUUACGCCUAGACCAAUGUCGCAGAUGCGGCAAGCACAAUAGACACAGCUUUAACAAAUGUGAAGCCAGAAAUCAUGAAUGUACAGAAUGUAGAGUUAUAGGUCACUUUGAAAGUUGCUGCAUUAAAACUGGCCGAGCGUACCUUGACAACUAUAAACCGCUUAAAAAAUCAACUAAGUUUCAGAAAAAUAGGCACUUAUACAGAAUUACAGAAAGAGCAAAUAUAACUAACAGAGUAUCACAAACACCAACUUCAUCAUUUUCAGGUAGCGAAGAAAGUGAGGAAGAGAGCAAUACCUACAAAAUACAAAAUAAAAAAACAAGCAGGUGUAAAAAAAUAGAUGUUAAAAUUAACGGUAUUAAGUGUACAAUGGAUUGGGAUCCCGGUUCCGUAUAUUCCAUCAUUAAUACUAAAAUGUGGAGAAAAAUUGGAUCACCCUCACUAAUGCAAGCACCCACAUUAAAAGCUUACUGUAACUUCAAACUAAAACCCAAAGGCUUAACUGAUAUUACUGUAGAAGUUGAUAACCGAAGUUUAAUAUUGCCAGUAAUUGUAAUGAAGCAUGCUGAGCCAAUGCUCUUUGGCCUACAGUGGAGUGAAUCUUUUGAUAUGAUUUUUCCGGAACCCGUUUACUCUAUAAAAAAUAUUGCAAUGACAACGAACAUGUCACUUAGGCGUGUAUUAGAUGCUCACACUACGCUCUUCGACGGUAAACUAGGAAGAGUAAACAAUUAUCAAGUAAACAUCCACAUUAAAGAAGGAGUAGAACCAAAACAUCUUCCUGCUCGUCCUAUAAAAUUUAGUAUUAAAAGAAACGUAGAUAUUGAAUUAGAGCGUUUGGUUAAUGAAGGCAUUAUUACUCCAAUAGACCCAAACAUAACUCCAGUAGAAUGGGCAACACCUACAGUUAAUGUUCUUAAAUCCAAUGGUCAAAAUUUUUGUUCAGAAUGUCUGCUUGUAAUUGCU